AUGGAUAUCAUAGAAUGUGUUCUAUUUGUCAAACAGGAAUACUGGAAUGACCUUGCCGCACAUAACUUGAUAAGAAGUACCCUGAUAAAGGAUAUACUUGAAGCAGACCCAAAUGUAGUGGGCAUUGAAAAUGACGAGGUGAAUCAAGAAACGGUAUAUUUUGGACAGUGGAACGACGGAAUCGGUAGAGCAUACUACGUGGUACAAACUGAAUACCAUGUGAUCGCAGAUUUGAUUCUGAAUAAAUUCCGAAAAUAUCUCGGUGCAUGGCUCGAUGCUCCCAUUGAACGGCGGCUGAUCGAUAAAAUGAUGGAAGCGGACGGUAGGCUGCAGAAAGAUGCUUCUGAUUCUGGGUCCUCGUCAGGCGGUUCGUCACGCAGAUAUUCGGCAGGGUCUUCGACUUCAUCACGCAGGUAUUCCCAAGGGCGCAGACCGUCGACAGGGUCUGGUAGUGGUAGCGAUACUGAAGAAGCCGCUGAUGGACGAUUUUUUGAUAUCCGGUGGCUCACAACCCCCCCGAACGGAAAAUACGGUCGAGCUGAUCUCGAUUGGGAGACAUGGUGGAACCUACGCACAGAAUACUUCCGUGGUGCGCAAGGCCAAGGUAUAGACGUUUAUGUUGUCGAUUCUGGGCUCUCUGCUGCUGCCGGAUACCAUCAAGCAUUUGCUAGUCCAAGUCAUCGCCGCCAUAUUGGGCAGUGGAUGAAGACAGGUGGGAUUGAUCCUCAAGAACGUAGCCUUGCAGAUUACGAUAUUCUGACCUAUCAUGGUACAGAUGUCACAUCGAAGAUUGUCGGCUCUACUACCGGACUCGCGAUCAAUUCAAGAGUUAUCAAUGCGAUAUUCAACCCUGACGGCGAAAGAAACCGUAACGGACAUUUUUAUGUCGAUAUAUUACUCAGCAUACGAAAAGCUAUUUUACAGAAACCCAUCUCGGCAAAGUCUAUUAUCAACCUGAGCGUCGUUUUCGACGGGCACCUACGCAAGGAUAAAAACGAAUUCGGGCGGUAUCCUUUUUUGAAGGAGAUUGAGAGGGAGUAUUUUGAUUUGGUUUCGAGAUAUGCUGACGCAGCAUUGGAUAAGAUCCUGGAGCUAGACAACGUAAUCGUUGUGACAGGUACAGGAAAUGAACCUGUGGGACGCCCUAUUCUCGACUGGCCGGCAAAGCGUGGUACGAAGAAAACCAGUAAUUUAGUCGUCGUUGGGAAGGCAGACGAACAAGGUCGACUGAGUGGCCAUGUUGAGACCGAGUUUGUAAAGGUCUAUGGCGUGGCUAACUACAUAACUGUACCCUUUAUAAGAUCAAACCAGGCUGUAGAGAUAAAUACUCAUCGCGAAGAGUACGUUGAAGAAGUUGGUAUCUCGCUUGUUAUUCCUAUGAUAAGUGGGAUCCUAGCUAGCCACAUGUCAGAGAAUCCUACAUGGACUCCCCUCCAGGCUGUCGAGAAACUAUACAAAGAUGCUUACCCUUAUGAAAAGGAUUCAAAUAUCAAAAUGGCAUGGGUUGGACCUAUAAAUAAGGUGCAGAAACGGAGUGAACCUUCAGGAAGUUGGCCGACAUCUGAAGAUGGGGAUGAGGGGAGUGAGGGAGAUAAAAAGACUGAGAAGGGCGAGAUGGGCGGAAAUGGUAGGGGAAAUGGUAGGGGAAAUGGGGAGGAUGAAGCGGAUGAGGGAGAUAAAGAUACUGGAAAAGGGGAGACGGACGAGGAAGGUGAGAGUGCUGGAAAAGACAAGAAGACCAUGAGAAAAACAAAAAAGCCACGAUGCUCCCCUAGUAAGAGUACAUGGCGACGACUCAGACGUCGUAAAGAUGGCACCCGCAGCGGUUCUGGGAACGGUGGAGACGAAAAAGGGAGCCAGGGUCCGCCAAGGAGUGGAUCCGAUGACAUUGGAUUUGAUGACACAGACGAAUAUAAUGAUGAAUACGAUAUAGACCCGGAUGAUAAAGGGCACCUGGAUGAUAAAGAGUACCCGGACCCUGAUGCGGAGGAAGAUUGUGAGGAUGAGGAAGAAGAGGAUACGCCAGGUCCACCAGCUCAACCUUCAUAUUGGUCAACAGUUACCGUCGCAAUGCAUAUUACCAGCGUCGUUGCUACUCCCAAAGCGACCCCAAAGCCGACCCGUAAAAAGACGUCAACUUUUAAAUCGACAAGAAAACUCAUCUAUACAGAUGCUUGGGAUGGCACCAAACAUGCCGCUGUACAAAUGACCUCUAGACACCCGCCAGUGAAGACCUUUAUUACACCAAACCCGACACCGAGUGUCGGUGAUAAGGGUUCAAUGAUGGCGGGAAAUGUUGGUAUUCCUCAAAAAGGAUUUGCAAAGCCAGCUCCACGCCCCGCGGAGAAACAGAAACCUGUUUUGGACCAGAAAUCAAUGUUGCGUGCGAGCACGAAUAGGUUCAGGGGAUACACUUCGACUCGUAGACAUGCUAUAACUUACACACCAAAAGCAAAAAACAACGGAGCUACUAUGACGGUGAUAUAUACGACAGUCCACGGAGGAACUGGGAGAGAAGUACCAACAUUCAAGGCAAGCAGCACGAGGAAACCAACCAGCGGAAUCACUACAACAUCAAUUGAGUCUUCAAAGAAAUCACCCACCGCAUCUACGACGCAAGAAAAGACAACGAUGGAGACCUCAAUAAUACAGCCCGCUGACAGGACGUUGAGCAACGCCACUCCAGAGCCCCCUUCUAAUACGCGGCCAAAAGAUCUUUAA